AUGCUGAUUCACAACAUCAAGGAAAACUCCACAGCCGUUGGAGGUUUAGGGACAUGGAGGCCAAACUCAGAUUGCUGCAAAUGGCUACGCGUUAGAUGUAACGCUAGUUCGCCUUCCAAAGAAGUGAUAGACCUGAAUCUAAGCUAUCUCAUCCUCUCUGGCACAGUUAGUUCAAGCAUUUUGAGACCAGUUCUGCGUAUAAACUCUCUUGUUUCGCUUGAUGUCUCGUAUAAUUCUAUACAAGGAGAGAUUCCUGGAGAUGCAUUUGUGAACUUGACGAGGUUGAUCUCUCUUGACAUGAGUUAUAAUAGCUUUAAUGGCUUUAUCCCUCCUGCAUUGUUUACUUUGAAGACUCUUCAGUAUCUUAACUUAAGCCUGAGUAGUUUAAGAGGCGAGAUUCCCGGAGAUGCGUUUGUGAACUUGACCAGCUUGAUCUCUCUUGACAUGAGUUAUAAUAGCUUUAACGGCUCUAUCCCUCCUACAUUGUUCUCUUUGAAGACUCUUCAGCAUCUGAACUUAAGCGCGAAUUAUUUUGGAGGAGAGAUUCCUGGAGAUGCGUUUGUGAACUUGACCAGCUUGAUCUCUCUUGACAUGAGUUUGAAUAGCUUUAACGGCUCUAUCCCUCCUACAUUGUUCUCUUUGAAGACUCUUCAGUAUCUUGACUUAGGUCUGAGUGGUUUAAGCGCAGAGCUUCCUGGAGAUGUGUUUGUGAACUUGACCAGCUUGAUCUCUCUUAAAAUGAGUCUUAAUUUCUUGACUGGCUCUAGCCCUCCAAAAUUGUCCUCUUUGAAGACUCUUCAGCAUCUCGACUUAAGCCUGAAUCUUUUUGGAGGAGAGAUUCCUGAAGAUGCAAUCUUCAGUAUCUUAACUUAA